CGAACCCAAGAAGCUAAGAACCAAAAAGUGAACGGUCAAGGAUAGUCAAGGUUAAUUAUGACCAUAACCUUUAGCCAAUCCCAUAUCUCGUACCUUAGUAUCCAAUCCAUCAUCCUGGCUCGAUGAACCCUCUGUAGGUACGGUAAUAAUAAUAUUUUAUUUUUUAGUCUUUUUAUGCUUUUUCACUUUUCGGCUUUCAAUGUUCUUCGUACUACCGGACUUCUUCUCAAUCAGGAAUAUUCUUAAGUCCUCAUCGCAGUCGCGCGCUCGCUGAGACGGGAAGUAUUCCCUGCUCUCAUUUCGACUUGUCACUGCGCCUUGAAGCUGAACGCUUGAGGCUUAAGCUGUUUUUUUAGAUGAGGUUAUCGUUAUUUCCGACCGAGAUUCAUUCGACUGCCGUCUUUUAAUAAAUCUUACCCGGGCCACGAUGGACUCUCGGCCCGGAAGUUAUCAGACAAGUGUCUUUCGCGCACAGCCAAGUGAGGGACUUCAACGGAAGAUUCAGAAGCGUAAUCGUCCUCCCGUCUCAUGUUUGCUAUGCCGGACACGCAAAGUGAAAUGCGACCGCCAACAGCCAUGUGAGAGAUGCGUCAAGAGUGGUGAGGCCAACUUCUGCGAGUAUGCACCUCGUGCCUCUCGCAAGACGCGCACGGAUGUGCGGCCGCAAGUGGAUACCCGGUUAAGGCAUGAGCCUAUGUCGAGACCCGUCCUUCAGGUCCGCCUUCAGAAACUUGAGGAGAUGGUCAACGGCCUAGUUUAUACUCAUCGCAACCGUGAGCCUGCUCUUGAUACUCCCUCAAGCUCGGAUCAACGAACAGAAAAUACAGAGACUCGCUCCGAUUUGAGCUCCCCACCUAGUUUGGGGACGACGUCUGGAAACCCGCUUCUCCCCACAACCCUUGGCGGAGAACAUAAUUAUGUCGGUGCAACUCAUUGGGCCUCCAUCCUUGAGAGCAUCCAUGACAUCCAAGGCAUACUUCAAAAUGAAACAGACGGGCCACCUACUCCGUCACCUCCGCCGGAACUUGACAGCCCGGAAAACCCAGAUGUCAUUUUUGGCAAACUUGCACCCAUAACUAUUUCGCAGGCCGUCGCACGAUUACCGCCAAAGAACAAGACAGAUGCGCUCAUAUUAGUCUACUUCCGCCACAAGUUUAUAACAGCUCCGUACAUCCACACCACGAAAUUCCAAAGAGAGUACGACGCCUUCUGGGAGGAUCCAUCUUCUGCUAGUCUACUGUGGAUAAGUUGCCUUGCUUCUAUGUUAUGGGUUGCUGCAUCAAUCACUCGCUUGAAAGGCGAGGCCGAUGAACCUGAAGCAUCAUUUCUCGAUAGGUUGACCGCGCUAGCAACUGAAUGUCUCGUAUCCGGAGACUACUUAUCCGCCAAACCAUACUGUAUUGAAGCACUCCUCUUACAUAGCUAUUCGGAGCUACAGAAGGCCAAGGAAAUUAAUUCUGGCUUAUGGGCCAAAUUUGGACUCACUGCCCGGCUUGCGCAACGCAUGGGGUAUCAUAGAGACCCAAAGUAUCUCUCUAAUAUCACACCUUUCGAAGGAGAACUCCGUAGGCGAGCUUUCUUCUUCAUCGAGGUCUUCGAUGUCCUAUUCUCGUUCCAGCUAGGCAUGCCCCCAAUUAUUCGUGACGAUGAGUGUGAUACUGAGUCGCCGAGUAAUCUGUUCGAUUCCGACUUCGACGAGAACGUUGUGGCACUACCUCCGUCACGACCAGCUUCGGAGCCCACUUCUACUUUGUACCUAAGCUACAAAUCAAAAUUAUGUCGACUAUUACGCCGAGUGAUUCGAUUCGCAUUAUCGAUACACCCUCCCCCAUAUGAAGAGGUUGUCAAGCUAGACGAAGAAAUUCAUCAGUAUCACGCUCAAGUUCCCCCUUCUCUGCAGAUAAGGCCGAUACGUACGUACAGUUUCACGGACCAGACAUACGACAUCAUGCACCGUCUCAUGCUGGAGAUGAUGUAUCUCAAAAGUCUUUGUGUUUUACACAGGCCAUACCUUAACCGGGAAAAGGACAACGCUCUAUACGAUCGAUCACGGACCACAUGCGGAGAUGCGGCUCUCAGGAUUCUAGAUCUACAUGCCGAGUACGAAGAGGAGAGUAGACCUGGUGGUCGGAUAUAUGAGGAUAAAUACAUGCUUUCGGCCCUUACCCUUCACGACUUCCUAAUCGCCGCGAUGAUCUUAUGCCUAGAUCUCACGGAGAACUUACCAAGCAGUCCAGCGGAUCGAUCGAGGAAACUCAAGGCCCUAGGAACGUCAUACAAGAUGUGGGCAGAGAGAAAGCACACUUCUAGAGAUGCAGCUCACGCCACUCGAGUUGUGGGUGCUAUUCUCCGGAAGGUUUCGAUGCAAGACCCAGCUUCUAACCGAUCGCCACCGCCACCUCCGAGGCCUGAGCUACGGGAUGGCUCACUGGCCAUCUUAUUAAACAAUGAUAUGCAACAAGGUCCCAUGACGCCGUCUUCCUCACUCGACCCCAUGUCUAUUGAUUUCUCCUCUUUAGACUUCAUGAACAACUUACCAUUAGACACUAUUCUAAACGGCCAAAACUCGGUUGAUUGGAGUGCAAUCGACUCCUUCCUCCUAGACAGAGUAGACAAUGGGUUCAGGACCCUACCCUAGUGGCCUCACUAUCGAGAGUGUCACGUUUUAAUUUUCACCAAUUAUAUCGAACGACUUUUAGAGUCUCAUCGGCGAUGGAGUUACGGACUGUUAUGCUAACCCUCGUGUUCUAGCUGAAAAGGAGUAGGCGGCGAAGUGGGCGGUCAUGGGUUCACUGCUUCUAGACCGUCUCUUUCCCACCACGGAUUUUUUUAUUACUGUUAUUAUUAUCAUUUUUUAUUUAUUUACCAUCUAUGUAUAUGUGAAAUCCCUGUAUAGAUAACUGGGCUAUUUCUUCGAGGGCGACUUCUACAUACUACCUAUUGCAUCAUCAUCAUCAUCAUCGAGGGCGUCUGGGCGCUUAGUUAACACAAAAGCAGGGCUGGUCGUCUUAUUACCCACUUAGUUCACGAAUGGUUUUAUGAUUUUUUUUCUUCAACAACGGUUUCUAUUUGCCGAUCGUCGUCGGCGUUUUACUACGUAUAGUGACGCCAUCACGGUGCUUAGCUGCCCGGGGUGAUUAUACAUAACCAGAUGUAAGCACUUAAAUAGUAC